CCUCACCUUCCUGCCCAGUUGGUCAGUUGGUUGUUGGCUGGUCGGUUCCAAGUGUGACUCUGUGGAAGCAACACCUUGGGUGAAAGAUGUGUGAUCAGACCUUCUUAGUUAACGUAUUUGGCUCCUGUGACAAAUGUUUCAAACAAAGAGCUCUGAGAACAGUUUUCAAGAAAUCACAACAACUCAGCUACUGCUCAAUAUGUGUAGAACUUUUUGGCAUUGUCAUUCCAGUGCACCAGGUGGCAGAGCGGGUGGAGGCCCUGGGCCAGUUUGUCAUGAAGACCAGAAGGACCCUCAAAGGCCAUGGGAACAAAGUUCUCUGCAUGGACUGGUGCAAAGAUAAGAGGAGGAUCGUGAGCUCCUCACAGGAUGGGAAGGUGAUCGUGUGGGACUCCUUCACCACCAACAAGGAGCACGCGGUCACUAUGCCCUGCACGUGGGUGAUGGCAUGUGCUUACGCCCCAUCGGGAUGUGCCAUAGCUUGCGGUGGUUUGGAUAAUAAGUGCUCUGUGUACCCAUUGACAUUUGACAAAAAUGAGAACAUGGCUGCCAAAAAGAAGUCUGUAGCUAUGCAUACCAACUACCUGUCGGCCUGCAGCUUCACCAACUCUGACAUGCAGAUCCUGACAGCCAGUGGUGAUGGGACAUGCGCCCUAUGGGAUGUGGAGAGCGGGCAGCUGCUGCAGAGCUUCCAUGGGCACGGGGCUGAUGUCCUCUGCUUGGAUUUGGCCCCCUCAGAAACCGGAAACACCUUUGUGUCUGGGGGAUGUGACAAGAAAGCCAUGGUGUGGGACAUGCGCUCUGGCCAAUGUGUACAGGCCUUUGAAACACACGAAUCUGACAUCAACAGUGUCCGGUCAGUAAGCAAAGUGUUCCUGUUACUUCUCUGUUCUGUCAGCAUUACCUGGGCUUGGAUUAUCCCCAGCCCAGGAACCACCUUCAGGCUUCGUUUACUUGCCUUUAUAGAGCUGUUGGAUGUAGGCCAUUUGUACAAGAAAGAGGGUGCAACAGGAGGUGUGGGGACACCUCUGAGUGCUGGCAGACACCCACCAGUAGCUCUGGGGUCACCAUGUUACCAAAGUGGAGCCAAAAGUAAGUGCUUUUUUGUCUGUUUCUUUGUACCUCAGUGUCGCCUCUAUGACCUCCGAGCAGACAGGGAGGUUGCCAUCUAUUCCAAAGAGAGUAUCAUAUUCGGAGCAUCCAGCGUGGACUUCUCCCUCAGUGGUCGCCUGCUCUUUGCUGGAUACAAUGAUUAUACCAUCAACGUCUGGGAUGUUCUCAAAGGCACCCGAGUCUCCAUCCUGUUUGGGCACGAAAACCGCGUCAGUACUCUCCGAGUUUCUCCUGACGGGACUGCUUUCUGCUCAGGAUCGUGGGAUCAUACCCUGAGAGUCUGGGCAUAAUCGUCAUCUCACAGUUCACACAUACGUACCUGAGGAUGGAAUGUGAAAUCUUCACCUGUAAAUAGAUAGACCUUCUAGAAGAGCUUAGGGUUUCUUGCAGUUUAGCUUAAGGGAUCAGCUGCAUAGCUCAAAGCUCACUAAGCAUCUUCAGCAUCACUGCUAAAACCACCGCCCCUGGAAAUACAUUCUCAUGAGCCUUCAGCACUACAAGAAUACUUUGAAGAACAGUAUUUUUCAUUUUGACCUAUUUAUAAAGUUUAUCCAUUUUUAAGGUUAUUCUAAAUAACUUUAAGUUUAUUCUGAAUAACUCAACUCAUUCUGUUGCCCAUAGAAUUCAGCAAUUGAAUAUUUCAUACUACUUCCUUGAAUCAAAUUCAUUUUCAGAACACUUUAAAAUCUGCUUUUUCUUAGCGUACACUGUGACUUUUGGAACCUUGCUCUAGAAGUGCUGGUUUUAUGGACUGUCUAAGGAGGAAUGUGUUAAUUGGCCUGUGACAGAACAAAAUUCCAAUUCCAAAUGUUAUUGGACAAAACCACUUUUAAAAAAUGUGUUUUUAUUAUAAAAUUAUCUUUUUUCAGUCUCCUGUCAUCUUUUUUGAGAUAAAACAUUUUUGUCUGUGUACACUGUUAUAAAUGAAGCAGGAAUAUGCAUAAAACAGACAGGAUGUUUGAUUCAUGAAUUACAUUGCUGAUGUUGUAUAUGCCUACAUAAAUGUAUUAGGGCAUUUUUCCUCAUUUGAGGGAAGAGCUGAAUGCUGUCUGUAACACAAUGCUUCUGAGAGCAAGCAAAACCUUCCUGUGUGGGAACAUAGGACAGUAAACUUAUUUAAAAACCUAUUAGUAGCAUUAGUGGAAACACUUGGAUCAAAGUGGAUCUUAUCCAUAUAAAUUAUAUUCAUAUAUAUUGCACUGCAAUUGUAAUUGCAUACACAGAUUGAUGGACAGAUCUUGAAUAAUAAUGUAUUUAUUCAUCAUAUAUUUAGAGAAAAAUAUCAAAAGAACGUUUUGUCUUUAUUUGAAAUUCAGCAGUUCCUUCUAGAAGAUGCCAAGUACUUUUUGUUAUGAGAUUCCUUUUAUUCUUUCUUUCCCUUUCUUUGUUUUAAUUUUAAGUUGUAGAGAUCUAUUCUUUGUUUUAGUGAGCUGCUCAUUCAAAAAGUUCACAUGUGCCCAGGCACGGUGGCACACAUCCAUGGUCUCAGCUGCUCAGGAACCGAGGUAGGAAGAUCGCUUGAGUCCAAGAGCUCAAGAUCAGCCUGGGCCAGAUAGCCAGACCCCUGUCAAAAAAGGGGGGAGGGGUGGAUACAAAAAGAUACAUUACUUAGGGGACUGAAAGGUCACCUCAGAGACCCAAAUCCUUCCUAGGCGAGGCUUGCCCUGUGGGUGACCUGGGGUCUGACCGGCCAGGUGCUUGCUGUGCUGAGGCUAUUUGUGUACAUCCCCUGGGUUGUCCAGUCCCCUCUCUGCUCUGCCCAGCCCUUUUCCUAGUGGUAGUUUUGGCUUUGUCGGCCCAGCCCCAGGGCCUGCUUCUCCAAGAGGCCCUUGCACAGCUGGAGCUGGAACAGACAUGGGAAAGGCCUGGACUCCCGUAAGCACUGGGGAGGUGGGAGUGCCAAGCCCACCCUCAAAACUAUUCAAGCAUUGUGAUGGGCCCACCAGUCAAAAUCAAGCAGACCAGCUGUUCUAUAAAUUCACUUUAAAUAAACACAAUACUUGUAUUUAAUCAUUUGCAGAGCAAAUAUUUACCACGGGUUUUUAUAAGACAUCAGGGCCAGGGUAGAGAGGAAAAGAUUAAUGGCCUCUUUCCUGCCUCCUGAGAGCUCAGGGUUAGAGGGAGCAUGGUUCAGAAGAGUCAUGUUUUAGAAUCAUCCAACGGCUGACAGGGUCAACCCUAAGGGAUGAGCUCAGCUCCUGAACAUCCCAGAAUUUGCCUGGGACUCACUGACCUCGAGCUGUCACCCCUUCCCUCUCCACACACCUCUUUGUCUCUCUACUCUGACCUGGACCUGCUAGCUUCCAGAAGUGAAGAAACACAGGACAAAGGAAAGCCCACUAUACUCAGGGAAGCAAGUUCAAGUGUCCAUGUUUGGGGGUGGAAGCAUCAUCAGUCCACCUGCAAAGUAGCCCAAGAUUUUCCAACCAAGAGAGCAACUUCAAGGCCAGAUGAAAGUAUUCCACAGAAUGCCUUGGGCAGGAAGCCACGUCUCCCCAAAGUCCAUGUUCUCACAGUGGGUGCUGUUUAGUAUUUAUUGGUGAAAUUCUUUAUUUGGAAUAUACUAUGCCAUGUGGAGACUCAAGGGUAAACUCCAUGUAAUAAAUUGUAUUUUGCAUAUUGAAAAUAA